UGGAGAUGUUCGGUUGUUUACUGGGCAGAGUAUCGAAAUCAGAUGGCGGCGGUUGGAUUAUUUCUGGGCAAGAUGCUCUGAUGGAACAUGGCCUCUAUGUCAUCUGGCCUAAGAGUACAAGAACAUUCUCUGCACAAGAUGCAUGUUACAAGACCCAAAUCUGCCAAAGGUCGCACCCGCACCAACCCACAAGUGUUUUCACAUACUCUAGAGGCCUAUUCAUGCCAAACUUCAACACCUCCUCCACAGAUCUCUGUUAGACGAAGCUCUGUGGGUCCACGGCUUGGGCAGGAAGAAAUUCCAGAGCUCCUCAUCCCUGAGGUCCUUCCCCGAACAAGGCCCUCUUCAUCAAGUCUGAACCGCUACAAAGUACUCCCUUCAAUAGGAGUGUCAGGGUCUGUGGACUGGACAGGGGCAGAGGAGUUGGUUCGGCAGACUAGCUCUUUAAAUCUAGGGACUGAGCAUCACUUAGGUCAAGCACAGAGAAACAAAGUGGGAGAGAUAUCACAGAGCCACAUGCCUGGAAUGAGACUUGAGGACUCCCAGGUCCAUAUAAACCUCAAGGAGCCCUCUGAAUAUGAACCUCGGUUGCUUCUAGCCAUAAGAGCCUUUUCUGGACAGAGGUUUGAGCGGUAUUUCCGCCCAUCAGACACCCUGCAUACUGUCCUGGCUGCAGCAGAAGAGAAGACCGGAUUAUCCUGUAAUAACUGUAGUGUGGAGUCCAUGGAGGUGCCCAGAAGAAGCUUCCCAGAACUUGGCUGGACCUUGCAGGAAUGUAGAAUUCCCAACAAGUCUGUGCUGUGCAUCCACCAAGUGGAACAAGACUGAAGCACAGGUGAGGGAAAGCAAUCUUUGCUCCAGAAGCUGAAUGCAGGGUUCAGACCUUGCCGUAAUGGAUACCCAGAGCACAAACUCUUCACAAAGGAGGGUUUGAUAUUUGUAAAGCAUCAACACUAUUGUGAAUGUCAGAACUCUGUCUUAUACUUAUGAGACAGCUCUGUUCCUUUUUAACCAUCUCUUGAGUUAUGAUCAUUUUUAUGAAGAGGCCUGGGAAAAAAAUCUCUAUCCUCCCUUGUUAUCUUGUAGAUAGUUGUAGUGUAACGGAUGAGAACUAUUAGAAAU